GAAACCAGUCUAGGAUCAUAACACUAUAACCAGCGAAAAUGGCUCAAGUUACAGUCUUAGGGUUUUGGCCUAGCCCAUAUGUUUACAGGGUUAUCUGGGCACUUAAACUCAAGGGUGUAGAGUAUGAGUAUGUUGAAGAGGAUGUGUUGCACAACAAGAGUGAUAGUCUUUUGAAAUACAACCCAGUCCAUAAGAAGGUUCCGGUUCUGAUUCAUGCCGGAAAACCAAUCGCAGAGUCCGCUGUUAUUCUUGAGUACAUUGAAGAGACGUGGCCAGAGAACCCCUUGCUUCCUAAAGACCCUCAUGAACGAGCUUUGGCCCGAUUCUGGACCAAGUUCGGUGAGGACAAGAACAUAGCCCUUUUUACUUUCUUCAUGACUGAGGGAGAACAGCAAGUGAAAGCAACAGAAGAAGUGCAGGAGCUUCUGAGAAUCUUGGAAGAGCAGGGCCUCGGAGACAAGAAGUUUUUUGGAGGAGAUGAGAUUGGAAUGGUUGAUUUAGAAUUCGGGUGGCUACCUUGGUGGUUGGAUGUCAUGAGUGAAGUAGCUGGGGUUAAAGUGAUUGACGCCGCAAGUUUCCCUCGCUUACAUGCAUGGAUGCAAAGGUUCAAGGGCCUUCCCACAAUCAAAGAGACCCUUCCUGACCGCAGUUCAAUGCUGACCUAUUUCAAAGCUCGAAGAGUAACAUUUCUUGCUCUAGCAAAAUCUUAAACACUAGCUGGAAGUUGACACGAAGAAGUGGCCUCUAGUCCAUUUCUAGCCCAUGACUAUUUUACAAAUACACAAUAGAUUAUAUUUUGUUUUGGGAUAUUCUUAUACAUGUGCUUCAAACUAGUUUAAGUAUUAUCUAGUCAAGUGUAUAAGUUGAUAGAGUUCGUUAAAGAAUAUAUCAUCUGUUGUAAAUCCCUUUAUAAGAGGGUAUCAUCUAUUAAUAAUACAAUUCAGUUUUAUCCUCGUA